AUGGCGAACCCCCAGAUCCCACAGAUUUCCCUGAUUCAAAGUUCUCUCAACUCACAAAGUACCCAAGGUUUCCAAAAUUCACAAAAAGCCCAAAGUCCUGAAAAUUCUCAAAGUACACAAAGUUACUUAAACAUCGCCCAAGCAGAUUGCUUUCCAAAAAAGGAACAAGCCAUCGUCAUUGAUAUCUCCGAUGAUUCUCAACUAAAGGAAUACACCCAGGCUCUAGCUAGAGUUAUCCCACCAUCGCAAAUAAGGUUCAUUUCAAGAAUUGCUAACAAUCGGAUAUGUGCAUAUCUCGCCACCAAAGAAAUAGCGAAUGAGCUAGUGGAUAAACACAAGGUAAUAAUGGUUCGUGGUCACACAGUCCCAAUAAGACCAUUAAUAAUUAGAAAUAAAAGAAUAAUCCUCUCAAAUGUAUGCCCAGUAAUCCCACAUUACGUACUUGUUGACAAAUUAAAAGAACUCAACAUCACCCCCACCUCACCCGUCUCAUUUCUCCGAGCCGGCCUUACCGAGCCAGGGUUCAGUUACAUAUUAAGCUUUAGAAGGCAAUUGUAUGUAACCCCUGAUGACAUCAGCAAAAUUCCUGAUCGAUUACAAAUAACGUUCGAAGAAACUAGCUACUGGAUUUACAUCAACACAGAUACUAUGUCAUGCUUUCUUUGCAAAAACGAAGGUCAUAUAGCUAAGAACUGUCCCAAUGUUAAUGAAAAAGAUAUUAAAGAAAAACUUCCUGCCAAUACUGAGAGUUCCACUACUCAAAUGCCACCUCCGUCUAUACCAGUAUCUAAUCCUCCUUCUCUAAUUGUAAAUCUCGGUGAUUUAAUUAACAUUGAGGAUCAAAACUUGAAGCGGCCCCACCCUGCAUCAAGCACAAGCUCGAUGACCCAAGUCGACCUCCAAAACCCAGGAAACAGUUGGGAUGAAGAACUUCUGAUUCAGACUCCGGGUCCAGUAUCAUGA